AUGGGCGAGCCAGGCAAGUCGGUAACGGCCUUGGUGUGUUCUGUGAGAUGUAUUGGGCUGACGCUCAUGCUGUGGCAUACGACUGCCCACUUGUUCAUGGGCACACCCCACUCCAACCACUCAGCCCAGCAUUCUGUUCACAGAGACCUCACAGACACCCAGGAGCAGGGGAUGGGCGUGACAACUGAGGUGCUGUAUGCCCGGGUCAAGCCCCCAGUGCCCGGGGCUCAAUGGACAGGCGUCGUCACACAGAUCGCAGUCCAGGCGCUGGAGACGGGGCUGGUGGAGGCCGUUGUGUGCGUGCAGAGCGAGCCAGGGGACCACUUGGCCCCCUUGCCCGUGGUGGCGCGGAGCGUGGCGGACAUCGUGGCGGCGCGUGGCGUGAAGCCCUCCCUGUCCCCCAACCUGAACACCCUGGCCCUGGUGGAGAGCCUGGGCAUCAAGCGCCUGCUCUUCAUCGGCGUGGGGUGCCAGGUGCAAGCGCUGAGGCAUGUGGAGAAGCACCUGGGGCUGGAAGCGCUAUACGUCCUUGGCACCAACUGCGUUGACAACGGGCGUCGGGAGGGGUUGGCAAAGUUCCUGCAGGCCGCCAGCGACAGCCCAGACACCGUGCUGCACUAUGAGUUCAUGCAGGCGCGUGCGAGGGGAAGAAAACGUGGAGAAAGAGACAGCAGGACUCAAUACCUUGCCAAUCCCCACAUGAAAACCCUGCAGGACUACCGGGUGCAUCUGAAGCAUAGGGACGGCCACUUCGAAAAAGUGCCCUACUUCUCCCUCCCCGCCAAUGACCUGAACGACGUCAUCGCGCCCUCCUGCUACGCCUGCUUCGACUACGCCAAUGCCGCCGCAGAUGUUGUGGUGGGGUACAUGGGCGUGCCCUCGCUGGGAGUGGACAUGACUCAGCACCUUCAGUAUGUCACUGUGAGGAACGAGCGAGGGGCUGCCCUCCUCAAAUUGAUCGAGGAAAGAGUGGAGAGGAGGCCUCCGGUGUCGGCGGGCGAUCGGAAGGCGCUGGUCCUCCAGACCGUCUUGGCCGAUGACGAGGCCAAGCUGGGCAAGGGGCCCAAGCCGAUGCCACGCUUGCUGGGCACUGCCCUGGCCUGGCUCCUGACCAGGCUGGGGCCCCGCGGCAUGGAGUUUGCCCGAUACUCCCUCGACUACCACGUCAUCAGGCAAGGAUUGAAGAACUACCUCCACGUCGUGCGCACCUGGGGCAAAGAGAGGGCAGCGAGGCAUGUGCCAGCCUAUGCCAAGCAGAUUGUCGCAGACUACGAUGCCAAGGGUGCCAUCUCUGCCAGGUAG